AUGGGUCUUGGAGUACUGGAAGAUACAAAGCUCGUGCAUGUCCCAGGCAGCUCCGAUAUCUACGAACAAAAUAGCGAUGGCGACCAGAUCCAAGGAGCCUCAGGCCUCAAAUGCGACUGCUCGGGCAACCAGCCGAUUAUCCUUGUCCCGCAACCAAGCGAUGACCCAAAUGACCCAUUAAACUGGCCAUUAUGGCGACGCGAUAUGAUCCUUGCGAUUCUCUCCUUCGUAACCAUCCUCUGCACAACCCUAAGCUCCAUCCUAGCCGCCAAUACGGUCACCAUCGCAGAUUACGAGGAAAUAUCGUUCACAGCGGCCGCCUUGUUGACUGGAUAUCACCUAUGCGGUGUUGGUGUCGCGGGUAUUCUUAUUGUGCCAACGGCUCGAGUCUGGGGUAAACGUCAUCUGUUCUUGAUCGGACAUGUCUUGAUGAUUAUCAGCUGUAUUUGGGCUGGAGUUAGUGGCAAAAACCACAAUAGUCUCAUUUGGGCCCGGGUAUUCCAGGGUGUUGCAUUGGCACCAUUUGAGGCGCUGGUCAAUGCAUGUGUUGGAGAUCUUUAUUUCGUUCAUGAGCGAGGAAAGCGAAUGGCUGUAUCUAAUGUCGCACUUUUUGGCGCGGCCUUUCUGACGCCUGUUGUGGUGGGCAAAAUCACCAAGUCCAUGGGUUGGCAGUGGUCUUUCUACUUUGUGGCAAUUUUUCUCGGCGCUUCAUUGCCGUUGAUGUUCUUUUUCGUGCCUGAAACUGCUUUCCGCCGUCCUGAUUACUUGAACACCGACUUCAAGCUAAGCGGCAGGCAGGGCGAGAAUAUGGAGUCUCAUGUUUCCCUAAGUGGAAUUUCCAAUGAUGACACCAAGGAACUUCGACCAGCCUCCGCCGACCUGAACGGAGUUUUGAGGACCGAAGCUGUGACAACAGUCCCCGAGAAAGAUUCCUUCGCUCAAUCACUCAGGCUUUUCAACGGGCGAAAGACAGAUGAGAGUUUCUUCAAGCUACUCCUUCGUCCAUUCCCAUUGUUCUUUCAUCCGGGCGUCCUCUGGGCUUGUCUGAUCCAAGGUGUUGUCAUCGGAUGGGCUGUAUUUGUCGGUGUGGUUCUAGCAAUUGUCUUUCUCGGGCCUCCAAUGUGGUUUGAAGAAGACAAGACCGGAUACCUUUACACAGGUGCCUUUAUUGGCUCCAUUGUGGGUCUGGUUCUUUCUGGUCUACUUUCUGAUUCUAUUAACAAGUUGAUGAUCCGGCUCAACAAGGGCAAAUACGAACCUGAGUUCCGGAUCCUUUUGGUCAUUCCCCAGCUUAUUUUCUGCGGCAUUGGACUCUAUGGAUUUGGAUGGACUGCAAAUAACGUGAUGCACUAUGGCUGGCUACUGCCAGACGUCUUUUUCGCGUUCUUGAUCGUUGGAAUGGUGAUGGGGGCCGUUGCUGCGUCACUCUAUAUCGUCGAUGCUCAUCGCGAGAUGGCGAUUGAGGCUUUUACCUGCAUGCUGGUUUUCAAAAACAUGUUCAGCUUUAUCCUGACCUUCUUCGCCUACAAAUGGUUCGCACAUGGGGGCAUCAAGCAUACCAUGAUUAUCAUUGGUAGCAUUCAAGUUGGCAUCUGUCUAUUGAGCAUUCCCAUGUAUGUGUUUGGGAAACGGAAUCGGUCUUUCUUCGCCCGCCAUGACAUCCUCGAAAUGCUUCACCUCCGGUAA